AUGAUCGAGGAAGCGACGGCCGAGCUGGCCGAGAACGAGCGAAAGCAAAGAGAAGCGGCAGAAAGAACUCAAGAGGAGCGAGCCGAGGCAGCCGCAAGAGAAGAGCAGUUCCGAGCCGAGAUUGCUGCGAGAGAGGAAGCAAAGAGGGGACAAGAGAUCCAAGAGCAGCGGAGAGCCGAGCUAGCAGCGAUGGAGGAGAAGCGAGCUGCCGAGCUUGUAGCAAUGGAGGAGGAGCUAGCCGCGGAGCUUGCUGCGCGCGAGAAGAACUUGUCCGAGGAAUGGAUUCUAGAGCGGCUCGAGUGCGCUGACAAGGAGAGGAAGUUUAAGGAGGAGCUCCAGGAGCGCGUCUUGGAGCGAAUGGCCCAAGACAAGAACGUCGCAAGGCCUAUGCUCUGGGGAACCAAAGCUUACAAGAGUCUCUGGGAAAUAGCAACUAAUAUAGAACAAUCUUAA